CAGAUACUUUUUUACGGCUUCCGCGAUAUUUUCGGCUGAAGAGAGAGAAGGACGGAGAGUGAAGGCGGAGGAAGAGAGAAAGAGAGAUGAUACCGCAGCAAUGGACGCCGCCGUGUGGGAGUCAAUGCACGCAUAAGUAUGCAGCUCUUAUGCAGAUUCCAUGGAGAGUGUUCUGCAAAAAGGGAUGUGAUGCUGAUAGUGAUACAUUUGAAGAUUGUGUAUCAGACUGCAGCGAGAUAUGCUAUAAAGAUCCUGUGCUAAAAGACCGACAAUGGAGUGCAUACAUAGAUCGUUCUCCUGGAGCUGCCAGCUACUCUGAGGAAUGCUUUCACGCGUGUGUCGCAGGCUGUGGUUACAAGUUUGAAGUUGAAUCUGAGGAAGUCAAUAAGGCGAAACCAAAGAGACCACCACCGCCACCGCCAAAGCCACAACCACCACCACGAGCUAAAAGACCAAUGCAGUCUCCUACUGAGGAUGUUCCUACAACUUCUGCUUGACAUCAAACGCCUUGUGAACUGACUUCUUAAAACUCCUCAAUUUUUUGGUAAUCUAACAUCUGAGGGAGUAUUAAUGUUCAGAGUAGCCAAACUUCAGUACAUUUGGUUCAAGUUUCUUGAUAGUUUUUGUAAUAGAGAGAGUAUAUCGGAGGGACUCGUCCCAUGGAUGGACCUAGCGACCUUUUUAGUCCAUAAGGCAUAUAUAUGAACUAGAAAGGCACAAACAGCUCUAGUUCAUGUUCUUAAAUGCUAACCGUAACACCAACAUCACCAC